UAGACAGUUGAGGGCAGUGCAGCUGCGAUAAACCAGAAAUGGCUUCCACCGGAGUUCUUCCCUUCAUUAGGGGGGUAGACCUCAGUGGAAAUGACUUCAAAGGUGGGUACUUCCCAGAGCAUGUCAAGUGUAUGAGCAGUCUGCGAUGGCUGAAACUGAACAGGACCGGACUGUGCUACCUCCCAGAGGAGCUGGCCUCUCUGCAGAAGCUGGAGCAUAUUUCAGUGAGUCACAACAGCCUGACUACUUUACAUGGAGAACUGUCCAGCUUACCGAACCUACGGGCGGUGGUAGCCAGAGCCAACAACCUGAAAAACUCUGGAGUCCCCGAUGAUAUCUUUCAGCUAGAUGACCUCUCUGUGCUGGACCUGAGUUUCAAUCAGCUGACAGAGAUCCCCAGGGACCUGGAGAACAGCAGGAACAUGCUGGUGCUGAAUCUGAGCCACAACAGCAUCGACUGCAUCCCCAACCAGCUGUUCAUCAACCUGACAGACCUGCUGUAUCUGGAUCUGAGUGACAACAAGCUGGACAGCCUGCCACCGCAGAUGAGACGCCUGGUUCACCUGCAGACACUCACACUGAACAACAACCCAUUGAUGCACGCCCAGUUGCGCCAGCUGCCAGCCAUGGUGGCAUUACAGACUCUCCACCUGAGGAACACCCAGAGGACCCAGAGCAACAUGCCCACCAGCUUGGAGGGUCUGACACAUUUAGCAGAUGUUGACCUGUCAUGUAACGACCUGACUCGGGUGCCAGAGUGCCUCUAUUCACUGGGCAGUUUGAAGAGACUCAACCUAAGCAGUAAUCAGAUUUCAGAACUGUCCCUCUGCAUUGACCAGUGGACUCAGCUGGAGACGCUUAACCUGAGCCGCAACCAGCUCACCUCAUUGCCCUCUGCAAUCUGUAAGCUGUCCAAACUGAAGAAGCUGUAUGUAAACUCCAACAAACUGGACUUUGAUGGGGUUCCACCAGGCGUGGGCAAACUGUCCAGCCUCACUGAGUUCAUGGCCGCUAACAACAACCUGGAACUCAUCCCAGAGGGACUAUGCAGGUGUGGCAAGCUGAAGAAGCUGGUGCUGAAUAAAAAUCGCCUGGUAACACUGCCUGAGGCCAUCCACUUCUUGACUGACUUAGAGAUGCUGGAUGUGCGGGAGAACCCCAACCUGGUGAUGCCUCCUAAACCAGCCGACACCGCAGCUGAGUGGUACAACAUCGACUUCUCCCUGCAGAACCAGCUCCGGCUGGCCGGGGCCUCGCCUGCUACUGUAGCCGCUGCUGGAGGAGGAGCCAGCCCACGAGAUCCCCUGGCGAGGAAGAUGAGGCUCCGGAGGAGGAAGGACUGUUCUCAGGAUGAUCAGGCAAAGCAGGUGCUGAAGGGCAUGAGUGAUGUCGCACACGACAAGAACAACUUGGAGGAGAACGGGGACUUGAAAUAUGCUGAUUUAAAGGUCCGGCGCUGGGACAAGAGUAUAGAGAAACCUCAACUGGACUACUCUGAGUUCUAUACGGAGGAUACAGGGCAGGUUCCAGGUGUAACAGUGUGGCAGAUAGAGAACUUUGUUCCAAUGCCAGUGGAUGAAACUUUCCAUGGCAAGUUCUAUGAGGCUGAUUGCUACAUCAUCCUCAAGACCUUCCUGGAUGACAACGGCGCAUUGAACUGGCAGAUCUUCUACUGGAUCGGCCAGGAGGCCACUCUGGACAAGAAGGCCGGCUCUGCCAUCCAUGCCGUCAACCUCAGAAAUUUCCUUGGCGCAGAGUGCAGGACAAUACGCGAGGAGAUGGGAGACGAGAGCGAGGAGUUCAGUGCUGUGUUUAACAAUGAGAUCUCCUACAUUGAGGGAGGAACAUCCAGCGGAUUCUACACUGUGGAGGACACAAACUAUCCUGUCAGGUUGUACAGAAUUUAUGGCAAGAAAAACAUCAGACUGGAGUCUGUACCAGUGAAGGCCUCGUCCCUAGACCCUCGGUAUGUCUUCUUGUUGGACACAGGGCCGGAGAUCUUUAUCUGGAGAGGAGCCAACGCUACUCUCAGCGGAACAACAAAAGCCAGGUUGUUUGCUGAAAAGAUCAAUAAAAAUGAGCGUAAGGGGAAGGCAGAGAUCGCAACCCUAAUGCAGAGCCAGGAGCCUCCGGGGUUCUGGGAGGUACUGGGAGGACAACCGGAGGAGAUCAAGAAACACGUACCAGAUGACUUCUCUCCUGUCAGACCUAAAUUAUACAAGGUGGGCUUGGGUCUGGGCUACCUGGAGCUGCCACAGAUUAACUACAAGCUAUCAGUCGAACACAAAGACCACAAGGUCAAACUGGACACGUUGCCCGAGAUGAGACUGGUGCAGUCUCUGCUGGACACAAAGUGCGUGUACAUCCUUGACUGCUGGUCUGACGUGUUCAUCUGGAUCGGGAGGAAGUCCCCACGCCUUGUCCGAGCUGCUGCCUUAAAAUUGGGUCAGGAGAUCUGCUCCAUGCUGCACCGGCCCAAACAUGCCUGCGUCACCCGCAACCUGGAGGGCACUGAGUGCCAGGUGUUUAAGUCCAAGUUUAAGAACUGGGAUGAUGUGUUGAAGGUGGACUACACCAGAGCAGCUGAGACUGUACAACAGAAGGACAACCUGCAGGGCAAGGUGAAGAAGGAUGCAGAGCAGAAAGACAAGAUGAAAGCUGACCUCACAGCCCUCUUCCUGCCCAGGCAGCCAGCCAUGCCCCUAACUGAGGCUGAACAAUUGAUGGAUGAGUGGAAUGAGGACCUGGAUGGCAUGGAAGGAUUUGUGUUGGAAGGAAAGAAGUUUGCUCGUCUGCCUGAGGAGGAGUUUGGGCACUUCCACACCCAGGACUGCUAUGUCUUCCUCUGCAGAUACUGGGUGCCUGUGGAGUACGAAGAGGAGGAGAAGGAGAAGAAGGAGGGGGGAAGUGGUGAAGGAGGAGAAAAGAGUGCAGCAGCAGAGGAGGAGGAGGACAAACAGCCCGAGGAGGACUUUCAGUGUGUAGUGUACUUCUGGCAGGGCAGGCAGGCCUCCAACAUGGGCUGGCUCACUUUCACCUUCUCCCUUCAGAAGAAGUUUGAGAGUCUUUUCCCUGGAAAGCUGAAGGUGGUGCGUAUGACCCAGCAGCAGGAGAACCUCAAGUUCCUCUCCCAUUUCAAGAGGAAGUUCAUCAUCCACAAAGGGAAGAGGAAACAGAAGACUGACUCUGCUCAGCCCUCCCUCUACCACAUACGCACCAAUGGCAGCGCACUUUGCACCAGGACAAUCCAAAUUGGAACAGAUUCCAGCAAUCUCAACUCAGAGUUCUGCUUCAUUCUCAAGGUACCGUUUGAGAGCACAGACAAUCAGGGCAUCGUUUACACCUGGGUGGGCAGAGCUGCUGACCCCGACGAAGCCAAACUGGCCGAGGACAUCAUGAACAACAUGUUUGAUGACACGUACAGCAAACAGGUGAUUAAUGAGGGGGAGGAGCCAGAGAACUUCUUCUGGGUGGGGAUUGGUUCUCAGAAGGAGUACGAUGAAGAUGCGGAUUAUAUGAAACAUGCUCGGCUCUUCAGGUGUUCGAAUGAGAAGGGUUAUUUCUCCGUGUCUGAGAAGUGCUCAGACUUCUGUCAGGACGACUUGGCCGAUGAUGACAUCAUGCUGUUGGACAACGGCAAAGAGGUGUACAUGUGGGUCGGUAAUCAGACCAGCCAGGUGGAGAUCAAACUUAGUCUCAAAGCCUGCCAGGUUUACAUCCAGCACAUGCGCUCUAAGGACACUGCACAGCCCAGAAAGCUGCGACUGGUGCGGAAGGGGAAUGAGCCCCACUGCUUCUCGCGCUGCUUCCAUGCCUGGGGAGCUUUCAAAACUACCCUGGCAUAGACAAACCCAUCCAUCAAAUGUAUUCGCUGCCAUGUAAUUUUCUAUCAGUAAGAAGAUGAUGAUGAUGUCUACGCCUAACCCAGCUUUACAUGAGCUCUGAUUAUUCCCCACCCA